CACGAAAGAAAGCGGGAUCAACUUCCUAUACAGUCCAUUAGCAGGUCACUUCUGUUGUUGCGAUCUUGUGUACUUACGUCCACAAAAAAUGCCCGCCACUUCAGAAAUACACAUCGGGGAGCCGCAGAGGGAGGAAGGCCUCAAGGAGGCAGAGAAACUGGCGGCGGAAAAGAAGUUCGGUAUUUUCUGUGAUGAACGCGGGUAUCUGGAUCAGGUCGAGUACAUCAUGCAGCACGGCCGCAAGAAAGGAGACAGAACCGGGACCGGAGUCAUCUCAGUGUUCGGGUCUCAGGCCAGAUACAGUCUGCGAGACCAGUUUCCCUUACUGACAACCAAGAGAGUGUUCUGGAGAGGAAUCCUUGAAGAGCUGCUGUGGUUCAUCAAGGGAUCAACUAAUGCCAAGGAGCUGUCAGAGAAAGGGGUGAAGAUCUGGGAUGCCAACGGGUCCCGGGACUUCCUGGACAACCUUGGCUUCACAGAGCGAGAGGAGGGCGACCUGGGACCAGUGUAUGGCUUCCAGUGGAGGCACUUUGGUGCAGAGUACAAAAACAUGCAUACAGAUUACACAGGACAAGGUGUUGACCAGCUGCAGAAAAUCAUUGACACCAUCAAGAAGAAUCCAGAAGACCGAAGGAUCAUCAUGUGUGCUUGGAACCCCAAAGACCUGCCCCUCAUGGCUCUGCCUCCCUGCCACGCCCUCUGCCAGUUCUACGUCUGCGAUGGUGAGCUGUCCUGUCAGCUGUACCAGCGCUCCGGUGAUAUGGGUCUGGGAGUUCCUUUUAACAUCGCCAGCUACGCACUUCUGACCUACAUGAUCGCACACAUUACAGGACUCAAGCCUGGCGACUUUGUUCACACUCUGGGAGACGCACACAUCUACAGCAACCAUAUUGAACCUCUCAAAGUGCAGCUUCAGAGGGAGAUCCGACCUUUCCCCAAACUGAAGAUCGUGAGACAAGUGGAGAGCAUUGAUGACUUCCGUGCAGAGGACUUUGAGAUCUGCGACUACAACCCACAUCCCACGAUUAAGAUGCAGAUGGCUGUGUGACACCAUCCUCAUCCCACAGUAUGUUCUCUACUGGUGAAAUGUUGCAGCCUGCUUCACUUGUACAUCUUUCAAAAGUUCAGUUUACCCAAAUCACCAAAAGGGUUAAAAGAGAUUUGAAAUUUUCUAUAUUUGUAAGCAAAAAACAGUUACAGACGAUGGUUUCUUCCCUUAUUUUGAGUCUGAAAGACACAACUGUUGGGUUUUUGUGGUCUUUCAUUUUCUGUAUUUUUAUUGACAAAUUUUCUAAUUCUGUAAAUAAAAGAGAUUAACUUUAA